AUGGAUUCACAAGGACCGGACCUGAGGCGAAAUGCGGCAGUGCCCACGCAACAGAAGGCCUUCUCGACAGCACCUCGGGUUCUGGCUAUGCCAAAGAGUGCACCACUCAUUGCACACUUACAGGGGCAAGGACAGGAUUCGCAGGACUCGAAAGCUCCCGAGCCAGGGAUUCGGCUCCAUGAGAACAAAGCUGCGAAUCCAUUCAAACUGGCUCGGUCGGGGUAUGGAGGAACUGGCUCCGGAGUCAGCCAGGGUGUGAUUGCAGGAGCUGAGUAUGCCCGUGGGCCGCUGCAGCCGACCUGGGGCGCUCGGCCGGCCGUGACUGGAGCUCCAAAGAAGGAUCUCGGACUUCCCCGGGACUCCCAGAGACAUGAUCAGCCCCUGAAGGGCGAAGGCUCGCUGCGAGAAGUAUCGGCCGGCGCAGCUGCCGCCCUGCUCUCAGCUUGGCAGCGAGUGCGACAAGGACUCGUGGCACUGGCCUCUGACGCAGAUCAAGCGGCAGCAGGUGUGCAGCUGGCUGACUGCGAGCAUGCGGCGACAAUGGUUUAUGCCGGUCUUGCUGACAUGUCGGCAGCAUUGGAGGCCUCAGCCAAGCGAUUAGACGCGAUGCACCGGCCAGAGUUGCUCUUCUGCUUUCCUCGUCGAUGGAUUGGUCGAGAUCUGCACAAUCUCGUUCAGCUGGGAACCCGGCCAGGGCGAGCAACUGAACGGAAGUUGCGUUUCAUGGACUUGGCUGCGCUGGUCGCCGCGCAGCUCCAAAGGAUGACGAUCUCUCCUCAGGAGGAGAAGAUGUGGAAGAGCUUCACCCAACUUGCGAUUGAGGAGGCGGAAGUGGGAGUCCUUGGGACAAAGCAAUCCUUCGGAAGGCACCUGCAUCUUAAAGGCGGAGCAACUGGCCAGAUUCAGCUGAUGCAGGACUGGGAGUGGCCCUACAUGUUUGCCUUGGCGGACGUGGGUUUUGACCUUGCCCUGCGCCACGCACGACUUGGCGGCCUCUCAAGUCUCCGAAUCCUCGAGAUUGGAUGGGGCCAGGGGAUCAGCGGUCGUCGGCUUCUGGAGAAUGCGGAGAGAGCAGGAAGUGGCUUGCCACAACUUCAAAUCGAGUAUGAGGUUGUGGAACUGCAUCCCGCUGUGGCAGCAGACGCUCGACGGGAGGCCGAAACAAGAAAGAAGGGCACUGUCAAGGCCUUCCACGUUCACGAAGGACCGUGGCAGAAGAUUCUGCCAGAGCUUCCAGCACAGUCGUACAACCUACUCUUCUAUGACCCUUUGAACAUCAGCCCGAGAUAUAUUGGGGAGCAACAGCGCUUCGAAAACUGGGGCCUUCCGAUGUGUGUCUUCGAAGCGCUGCAGUUUUAUCGAGUCCUUCGUCCCGGGGGUGUGGCUGUGCAAUAUGCAGUUUCUCACAGGACUUCGACCGUGGAGUUGUUGCAGCGUCAGGUUGCCCCAUUGUUCAGAGCGCUGAGUCUUUCGAGGCUAUCCGGGCUACGAGCAGAAGCGAACUCCUCCUAUGUGACUGCGGCGGAGGUUGGGCAUGCCAUGUCGGCAAAGCUGCAGGAGCGUGGGUUGGAAACCUGCAGGGACAUCCAAUCUUUGGAGCAGGGACGACUGCGUGAGUGGUUUGGCGCCAAGGGCGAGACUCUUUGGCUCAACGCGCAAGGCCUCGACCAGGCGAACGCUGUCAGCUCUGCACCUGCGCAAAGGAAGUCCGUCAGUGCUGAAAUGAAUUGGGGAAUUCGAUGCCAAGAUCGAGCUGCUGCCGUCAAGGUCCUCUCAGAGGUAUCGCAACAGCUUUCCGAGCGUCUUCUUGCCUGCGAUUUGCGUGCCAUUCAUCUGACCUUGAAGCUCAAGCUUGCCGUGCCGGGUUGGGUAGAGCCGAUCAAGAGAGGUGGCCAUGGCCAGUGCGACGACGUGAGUCGCUCUGCACCCCUUCCUGAUGCAAGCAACGAGCCCGCCGUUCUCCUCAGGACUGCACAACAGCUCUUUGAUGCCUUGGCUCCAGAUCCGGUUAGGCUGCGUGGAGUUGGGCUUGCCGCCAAACUUGGCACCGCUAGCGCAAGCUCACGCAGCCCUCAGAAAGCUGCUGUGGGCACUUCCAGCUUGACCAGGUGGCUGAAGCGUGGACCGUCAGAGAGCUUGGAGAAGGCGGCAGAAGCCCCUACAGCAGCCUUGGCAGACUCGCACAUCGUCGUGGACCUGGAAGGCUCCGAGCAGGUGCAGGAGCCGGACAGCAGAAACCGCGUGGAGUGCCCCGUGUGCUCCAAGCUCCUGAACAAGGACGAAGCAGACGCUCACGUGAACGCGCACUUCGAACGUGCAGAGCCGCCUGAGAAGCGCUUGCGCCUUGCAGUUCUGGCGGAUGACAGCGAGUGCGAGCUGGUGGAGUGA